AUGUUCAAACUGGAGGAGCAUCAAACUGAAGAGCAUCCAAUCAGUGAUAGUGAAGAAGAACUGGAGCAGCCCACCAAUGCUUAUGCAUUCGUUACGAAAUCACCCAGAAAUGUGACGAAAUCUCACAGUAAAAAGGGAAAAAGGUCCGCUAAAAGGAAGGGGAUUGCUCAAACUAAGGAAAGGCAAACUGCUGAUCCUUCUGUUGAGCAAAGUGAGAAACAACAGGCUGCAGAGAAAAAUAUUGGGGAACAACAAACUGCUGAAUCUUCUACCAGGAAGUCACCGAGGACAAGUGAUAGUGAAGAAGAACUGGAGCAGCCCAUCAAUACUGAUGCAUCCGUUACGAAAUCACCCAGAAAUGUGACGAAAUCUCACAGUAAAAAGGGAAAAAGGUCAGCUAAAAGGAAUGGAAUUGCUCAAACUAAGGAAAGGCAAACUGCUGAUCCUUCUGUUGAGCAAAGUGAGAAACAGCAGGCUGCAGAGAAAAAUGUUGGGGAUGGAAAGAGAAAGCGUCCUGCCAAAGAGCAACGUGAGGCUCAAACUGCAGAGGAACCUAUCCCCUUACCCAAGUUCAUUGAUAAUGUUGUCAGGGAGAGAAAGUCAACCAUUAAGUCCUUUUCAUCCAACUCUGAGGUCAUUUCUUUGUUUGAGAAUCUUAAACAACACAUCCUACUCCUUGAAAAUGGUCUGAUGAUGACCAUGUCAUCCGAACAACAAGCCACCUUCAUUAACAAGAGAAAUCUGCUUGUGCCUCCCAUUCCUCAAGAUAAUGUGAAUGCACACCAAAAGGAACCUAGAACUAAGCCAACUACUGAAACUAUUCCAGAGUACCAUGCCUCCAAUUCUCAGCCACAGGACAAGAGAAAGGCUCCAGCAACUGAAGAAGAAACUGAAGAGGAUGAUGAUGAGGACACUGAAGAGGAAGAAGUGGAUCCUGCUCAGUUUCGCCUAACAAGGAGGAGGCCUGGAUCGUCCAAGAUUACCAUUUAG